CUCCAGCAGCCACCAGCUCUGAGCGAGAAACUCGCGAAGUUUGGGUAGGGGCCUGAGCCUUUUGCUUAUUUUCUGAACAGCUAACGGACUCGGUGUGCAAGGAGGCAGGAAGCUGUGACUCCCAAGGAUCUGGGAGCAAAGAUGUUGUGGACAUUCACUGAAAUUGUCCUAACUGCAACCUUGCUCUUACAGGGAGGUGAAGCACAAGCAAACGAAGAGCUCGUGAAAGUUGAAGCGGACUCAGUGACUUUAACCUGCCCUUUUUCGCAACCUGUUACAUGGUUUCGGAAGAGAAAAGAUAAGGAACCUUUAACCAAAGACACAAAUGACAAAAAGUACACGAUAGAAAACUUUAAUGAUCACCACAAUGGCAAAUAUUAUUGUGAUGACGGAUCUUCCAAAUACUACUUUUACAUUCGAGCCAGAGUUUGCGCUGACUGCAUUGAACUCGACACAGGCAUGGUCAUUGGCAUCAUCUGCGGAGAUCUAGCUCUCACACUCAUCGUGGCUGGACUGGUCUACUGGUUUGCCAAACGAAGAGGGCCAUCCUCCAAAGAUUUCCGAUCACUUGGUACCGAUGACUUCCCACCAAGUCGCCCACCACACAUGACUUCAGCACAUCAAGCUGAAUAUGCGCCAAUCAAAAGCGGACAACGGGAGGUUUAUGACAAGUUGCAAAAACGUUGAUUGCGAAGACAAGGGAAGAACUGGAAUCUCCUUUUCUUUGUUCCUGUUGCUCUCUCCACCCUUCCUGCUGUCUUUCCUUUGCCCCUUCUUCCUUCUCAGCCAUACUGUAAUUUCCCCCCACUCCCCCUCCCAACCAAAUCUCUCUCCGUUCUUUCGCCUUACUUUCUCACUGUCUUAACCCAGCUCCUGGAUUUAUUUACCCGUUUUUCAGAGAUGUACGUACACGUAGUAGUAUUCACACUGCUUAUCCAAAGUGAGAUCUUUGUCAUUUCCCCUCUUGUUCCCAUUUUCCCACCAUUAUACUGUACAUGUGCUUUUUACUAUUCUCCUAAUUUAAAGCAAUGAGCUUCACAGGAGUAGACACAGCCAUGACAACAGAUGCACAAUCACGUCACCAUCUCAUAUACUCUCCUUCCUUCAUUCCUGGGACGCAUUACAGCCCCAUUAUACUCAAGUACCUGUCUGCAUGACUGUCAAUAUGAAGGGUUUCACCAAUGACUGUACUUGCACUCAAAAUAAUGCACAACUCCGCACCUCCACGGAUCUACUAUUACAUUCUCUGUCCUGGGUGGGGGUGGGGUGGGGUGGGGUGUGGCAAAACCCAGCUUCCCUAAAGAUCCCCCAUCCCUGCCAACACUCCGGUAAAAUUCCUUGGGCCCUCCCCACAGCUUCAGAAUAUUAUUGUGUGGUGACUGGAGCUGAAUCCAAUACAGGUUUCCCCCGCCAUCUGAAGGUAGAGCGUUCCUAUGAAAUGGUUCGUAAGCCGGAAUGUCGUAAAGUGAAGAAGCAAUUACCAUUUAUUUAUAUGGGAAAAAUUUGUGAGCAUUCACAGACCCAAAAAAUAACCUACCAAAUCAUGCCAAAUAGCACAUAAAACCUAAGAUAACAGUAACAUAUAGUAAAAGCAGGAAUGAUAUGAUGAAUACACAGCCUAUAUAAAGUAGAAAUACUUUUCCACAGUCAUUGCCGCACUGUUCUCCGUAGUGAAAAUCUCACGCAAGCGCUCUCGGCAAAAACACGGCGCAAGCGCUCUCGGCAAAAACACGGCGCAAGUGCUCUCCAGUAACCUUUAAGCUAUGAAGCUGCCAAAUCAUACCAAAUAACACGUCAAAAAACACAGCCAAUAUCAAGUAGAAAUAAUGUAUGUGCAGUGUCGUAUCACUUACGGGAAUCGAGAAGACAUCGAGCAUACUGAUGAGGGUGUGUUAGGCUGAGUCGUCGGAGGUGGGGGUGGUGCAGUGGCUCCCACCCUCCGGGCAGCGACCCGAUACUGAUCUGCGAAGCAUGCAGGGGUACAGCGGCUACCGCUGCAUUCUCCGCGGAUCAGUAUCUGUCCAUGGCCCGGGGAUUGGGGUGGUGGGACACUGGGGUAUCAUCUGUUUCCAUGAGGGCAGGCAGGUCAUCUUCUUCUAUGUCUGCCUGCCUCGAUGCCGAAGGUCGAGGUUCGUCAUCUGCUGCGGCUGAUGUGGAAGGCUUGCUUGACUGCUUAGCCUUGUGCAUUUUUAGAUCAUACAGUUCUUCGCAAGCACUCAAACCAUCCUGCAAAUAUGCCCUAAACCGACGUACCCUUUCAAAAUUAAAGUCGUAUUUUAUCAUUACAGCGAAAAUCUCACGCAGUUGCUUCAUGUUCAGUUCCUGGACGACUUCACUUUCGGUCUGUUCGCUACUGCAUUCGGUUUCAAUUGUUAUCCUUUCCUCUUCCAAUUGCAUCAGCUCUUCAUCUAUCAGUUCUUGGUCAUGGGAUGCCAAAACCUCUUCAACGUCUUCUUCGUCAGCUUCCACAAGCCAGAUUCACUUUGUCCUUGCUUCGUUCACCACGAUCGAAACGCUUAAUUACAUCUAGUUUUACGCUAAAUGUAACACCCUUACGAGCUCUUUUAGGCUUUUCCAACACUUUAGAACUCAUCUUGCAAACAGCUGCUCACAGGCACGUGCUUAAGCAAUGCCGGCAAGAAUGCAGUUCCGAAUCCGGGGGGGGAAGAGCGGCUGCUCGGUGUGCGCGUUGCUUUUUUCGCACGCUGCUUUUUUUUUGUAACAGUGAAAACACCUUCUGUUAGCGAAAACAGGUAACUAAUGUAGGUCUUUCGUAACAGUGAGGUUUCGUAAAGCGAACGUUCGAAAAGCGGGGGACACCUGCUACUCCAAUGUUUUGCAUUAUUUUUGUGCUCUGUGACUCUGUUUACUUGUAAAGGAUACCAUUGUGUUUUCUGUUGAGCAGUUUUUUGUUGGAGAAAGAAUAAUGUGAUAUAAGACGAAGGAUAAUUGAGGUUUCUUUCUGAGAGUGAUUUGGCUUGGCUAGAUAUCUUAGUCUCAUUGCUUUCAACACAAGUUCAGCUCAAGCCUUGGCCAGGUUAGAAUCUCUGCCAUUUUCUACUUAGCCUUUUGAAAUGUACCCAGCUUGUUAAUGUAAUCUCGAAGCCUCUUAUUUGUGUUUUCUCUAUAAUCUGAUUAUCAAGUUAAAUACAUUGUUGCCAUCCUACAUAUCAGUGACAGAGUCGCUAAUUGUUGUUUCCUCAAUGUCUUUUGGUUUUAAUAAAGAGAAACAAACAAAGCUGCAUUCAUUGUUGACAGAAGUU